UUAUAUUAUAUUCCUUAUCUACUCCCAAACAUAACUUUCUGUUGCUCUGCCGCUAAAUUGCGCAGCUGAAGAACACAGUGAGACUGGGCCAAGACCAUGUCAAUGGCAGCCGCUAAGCUUUUCGGCAAACCAUCAUUUCCCUUGACGAAUUCAUCCACACGAGCUCCGUUUCCAACUCCAGCCAGCAGCAUUGCAGUUCCCAGUAGGAUGAUAUGCCGCUGCUGCACCCUCCCCAGUGAACAAGUCUUCUCAGUCACUUCUUCAAAACAAUUUGAGUUUGAUUAUUUAGGGCAGAGCACCAAAGGCGAUUUGAAUCUUAAUUUUGACUUCCUUCAUUCCACUGGGGAUGAUCAGCAGUCAACCUUACAGGGUCCAAUUGAGGAGGUGGCUAGGCUCGAGGCUCAAGACGCUGCAAAUUUGCUUACACACUUGGGCAUUCCGAGUCCUUCUUCGGCGAGGAAUUCGCCUCGUGGUAUAUUUUGUAGCCGGACUUUGAAUCUCCGGUCUAUUAGUGCCAUUGGCUAUGACAUGGACUACACUUUGAUGCACUACAAUGUGAUGGCUUGGGAAGGACGGGCUUAUGAUUAUUGCUUGGAUAAUCUUAGAAACAUGGGUUAUCCUGUUGAUGGACUUGCUUUUGAUCCUGACCUGGUAAUUAGAGGUCUUGUCAUAGAUAAAGAGAAGGGGAAUCUUGUUAAAGCUGAUCGAUUUGGUUAUGUGACAAGGGCCAUGCACGGCGUCCAGAUGCUCUCUACACAAGCUGUCAGUGAGAUGUAUGGAAGAGAAUCCAUAGAUCUACGGAAGGAGAGCCGAUGGGAGUUCCUGAAUACAUUUUUUUCUGUUUCAGAAGCUGUGGCUUACAUGCAGAUGGUUGAUCGAUUGGAUGAAGGAGCUAUACCAGCAGAACUUGGUCCACUUGACUACAAAGGGCUUUACAAGGCUGUUGGUAAAGCUCUAUUCCGGGCACAUGUAGAAGGCCAGCUUAAGAGUGAGAUAAUGUCAAAGCCUGAACUGUUUGUGGAGCCAGAUCCAGAAUUGCCUUUAGCACUUCUAGAUCAAAAGGAGGCUGGUAAAAAGCUUCUGCUCAUUACAAACUCUGAUUAUCAUUACACGAACAAAAUGAUGAAGCAUUCAUUUAAUAAAUUCCUUCCGAAUGAUAUGGACUGGCGUGAUUUAUUUGAAAUGGUAAUAGUCUCAGCAAGGAAGCCAGAGUUCUUUCAAAUGUCUCACCCACUUUAUGAGGUGGUGACGGGUGAGGGCUUAAUGCGUCCAUGUUUCAAAGCUUGUACAGGAGGUUUAUACUCAGGUGGGAGUGCUCAGAUGAUUGAGAACUCCUUAAAUAUCCAUGGUGAUGAAAUUCUAUAUGUAGGUGAUCAUAUUUACACUGAUGUAAGUCAAUCAAAAGUCCAUUUACGAUGGCGAACUGCAUUGAUUUGUCGAGAAUUGGAAGAGGAGUAUACUGCUUUGAUUAGUAGCCGGGGUUCGCGAGCUGCCCUGGUUGAGCUUAUUAAUAAAAAGGAGAUUGCAGGGGAUCUAUUUAACCAACUCCGGCUUGCUCUGCAAAGGAGAAUUAAAGAGCGCCCGGCUCAAACCCUUGCUGCAACUAACAUGGAUGAUCAAGAACUCACAGAAAGCAUGAAAAAGCUUUUGAUUGUCAUGCAAAGACUGGAUGACAAAAUUGCCCCCAUGCUAGAAGCAGAUGGAGAACUUUUCAGUAAGAGGUGGGGGUUCCUUUCACGCGCAGGUCUGUGGGACAAAAGCCAUUUGAUGAGGCAAAUUGAGAAGUAUGCGGAUAUAUACACCUCUAGGGUGUCGAAUUUCCUAAACUAUACACCAUUCAUGUACUUCAACUCGCAGGAACAGACGUUGGCUCAUGAUUCAUAUUCAUACUAUCAGUCAGAGUCACAGGACAAUGGGUCUGCAUCUGCUGUUGAGCAGCUAACAUUGUAAUGUUGUAGAUUUGGGUUGCUGAAAAUUUAUCAAUAGGUUGUGUAUUGUAAAAAAGACGCAGAUCAUGGUAAUAAUAUCUGAGAUGUAGCCACAUUAACCCAAGUAUUUAGUAAUGCUGUGAUUUGGGUGAUUA